AUGGUCUCAAACACAUUCACACAGUCCUCAGAAGGUCCAGCUCAUCUGAGCUUUCGGUCUUUCGUUGCGGCUCUCAAGGAAGACGGCGACGUAGUUGAGAUAAACGACGAGGUCGACCCCCAUCUCGAGGCCGCUGCCAUCAUCAGAAAGGCGUGCGAAACUGAUGACAAAGCCCCCUUGCUCAACAACCUCAAGGGCAACGUCAAUGGCUUUUGGAGAAUCCUUGGAGCCCCGGCGUCCCUGCGCCGUGAUCCGUCAGAGCGAUAUGCCCGCCUGGCGCGCCAUCUCGCCCUCCCACCUACGGCGGGCAUGAAGGACAUCUUGGACAAAAUGCUCUCUGCGAAGACGUCGGCUCCUGUCCCCCCAAGAGUCGUCAGCACAGGGCCGUGCAAGGAGCACAUCCUAGACCAGUUCGACCUGGAAAAGCUCCCUUCCCCGUUCCUGCACCAAUCUGACGGCGGCAAAUACAUUCAAACAUAUGGAAUGCACGUCGUCCAGUCUCCGGAUGGCAAGUGGACAAACUGGUCCAUCGCAAGGGCCAUGGUCAAAGACAAGAACCACCUCGUCGGCCUGGUAAUCGAGCCACAACACAUCUGGCAGAUCCGGCAGCAGUGGAAAGCAAUCGGCAAGGACGUCCCGUGGGCCCUGUGCUUCGGGGUACCUCCAGCGGCCAUCAUGGCCGCAAGCAUGCCGCUGCCCGAGGGAGUCACCGAAGCCGACUACAUCGGCGCCAUGACGGGUAACCCUCUGGACGUCGUCAAGUGCGAGACAAACGAUAUGUACGUCCCAGCAAACUCGGAGAUUGUCUUCGAAGGUACCUUGUCCGUUUCCGAACUGGCCCCCGAGGGCCCCUUCGGCGAAAUGCACGGGUACGUGUUUCCCGGAGACUCCCAUCCUCAGCCAGUGUAUACUGUCAACAAAAUCACCCAUCGCACAGACGCCAUCCUUCCGGUAUCCAACUGUGGGAGAAUCACGGAUGAAACGCAGACGAUGAUCGGACCCUUGGCCGCAGCCGAAAUCCGCCAACUUUGCCAGGACCAUUCUCUCCCCGUCAAAGAGGCCAUGGCCCUCUUCGAAACCCAAGUCACCUGGGUGGCACUGCAAAUCGACACGAAGAAACUGCGUGACAUGAAACUCGCGCCUGAAGCAUUCCGUAAAUUGGUCGGGGAUCUCGUGUUUGGGCACAAAGCCGGCUAUACGAUCCACCGCCUAGUCCUAGUCGGCGAGGAUAUCGACGUGUACGACUUCAAGGACGUGCUCUUCGCGUUUUCGACCCGAUGCAGACCGCAGACCGAUGAGUUGUUCUACCAGGACUGUCGGGGUUUCGCUUUGAUUCCGUACAUGGGCCAUGGCACCGCGGAGCCUAAUAAAGGCGGCAAGGUGGUCUCUGAUGCUUUGCUGCCGGCAGAAUAUGCCGGUGGUCAAAAUUGGGAGCUGGCCGACUUCAAACAUUCUUACCCUGAGCACCUUCAGAAAAGCGUGAAUGAGCGAUGGAUGGCUUGGGGGUUUGGGAAGUGA